ACUGUAGAUAAAGUUACAGACGAUCAGGCUGCAUAAGGCAAUGGUAAAGUCAACCUCUUCCUCCGUCAACUUAAUGCCUAAGAAUCCUUUAAUAUUCUGAGACACAUUCAGUGGACAAUUAUUAUUUGAGUUAUGAAAUAUGCAUCUUCCUGAGGCAAGGGAGUUAACUGACUGUAAAAGUCCAGUUUACACCUUUGCAGAACUAGACGAAUUUCUGGGCUCGAUCGAAGUGCCAUCAGUGACUAUUACGAGUUAUGUCCCUUCUAAGUCCCUCCUAUUGACCAAUCAGAUUCCACCUCUCAUAUCACAUGCAUUGGCUUCAAACAAAAUCGUGGCCCCCGGUCAUAACGCCCUGACCGAUAAUCAGGGGCCGUAUUUAUCAAACAAGUUAGUUUUGACUUUAAAAAAAACUUAAGUUUCUGAAAAAUUACUUAGCCAAGUCAAAAACUUAAGUUGGUAUUCACGAAGCGUCUAAGUAAAAAACUUAGCUAAGUCUGCCGUGAGAAACUAAGUCGAUUUCACCGAAUGCAAACACGUGAUCACUAAGGACUAUCCCAGCUAUUUUUAGCCUACCAGUGGAACUCUUUUUACAAAGAGAGAGAAAAACGUCAUCGGGGAAUUCCCGGACAGUGCAGACGAUAAUAAACACCGCUGCGAGCUCCAAGAUAGGCCCACGCCAUGACCGAAGACGCGAAAAAGAGACGGCCAAACUUUACCAAAGAAGAAUCGUUACUACUAGCAGAGCUGGUGGCAUCAAACAAGGUGGUGAUUGAAGGAAAGUUUGGCCCCGGCAUCAUCUCCUUGAAGCGACAGGAGGCGUGGCAGAUGAUUACAGACACCCUCAAUGCAAGCUUAAUGCACAGGAGGACCAAGGAGGAGGUUGAAAAGAAAUGGAAAAACCUGAAGAGCCAGUCAAAGAAAGCCUUUUCUAAUUUCAGGCUGCAAACCAUUGCCACUGGAGGCGGUCCACCUCCCAUCCCUGUAAGUCCUGUCACAGAUGCAGUUGUAGAGGCCAUAGGGAGGGACAACAUGUCUUUGACAGGAAUAUCCAACUCCUGUGAUUCAACAGCCCUACAACUGCUUGAUGUCAUGACAUCAAGAGAGAGCGGUGAAGUUGAGGACAUGGCCAAUGUGUUCCACGUGCCAGAGAGGACUUGCCAGUGCCAGAAUCAGACUUCUAUGGAAGCAUUAAACAAAGAAAAACUUGUAUUAGAAAUUGAAUGUUUAAGAUUAAGAAAAGAGUAUCUAACAAAGAAAAUUUACAAAGUAGAAGAAUAGACUGUAAGUGGGGACCGACCAUUUGAUAUUUGCUUGGGGGUAGGGGCUAGUAUUAUAUUUUGUAUCAAGAUUAGAUAGUUUUUCAGCUACAGACACAGAUAUCGUUUUAUUUAAAGAUAUGAGCUAAAUGUUUUUAGAAAAACACCUUGCAACAAUGUAUUUUUCCCACCCAUCCCCAAAUAUCAAAUGGGCUGUCCCUUAGGAAAAUUUAAAUUAAUACUAAGUGCAUACUUAGAGUGCCAAAUAAUAGUAGCAGGAAAUAACUUACAUGGAAAGUAGGUGAUUGGAAACUGUUCCCUAUAUCUCAACCCUGUUGCUGCAGGUGCAAUGGCUGAUAGACCUUGCAUCUGUGCCCUUAGCUGUCCGGAUUGGCUGUUUCCAUGUACAACUGGCAUAGGCACAUUCCUGUCUUUGCUGCGGUUAUGCAGCACUGCACAGGCAGUUAUUACCUAGAAAAAUGUUUAAAAAGCAUAUACAAUACCCUUUCAUGAACUGAUGUGGCCUUAAUCUAAUGACAAAUAUUUCUAGAAUGUGUUGAAUUUGACAAAGAGUGAAAUGUAUGGUCUGUAUUUCAAAUAUGUUAUACUAUGUACUGUUUGAUCUCAGAUAUAUUUGCCUAAUUUUUUCCCUUAAGCUAGAUAUAAAAUAAGUCAAAAGAAAAUGAAUAUUGAACAUCAAUACAGAUACAGAUUAUGAAAUUGCGUUGACCUUUUUACAAUAACACAUGACAGUGAGUGAGUGAGUGAGUUUAAAGUCAUAUUGAUGAAAUGUUACUGUCUUCAUUGAAUAAAAAAUUAAUGUUCAC